AUGCAAGAUUAUGACCAUCACGAUACAAAUUUAAAGGUAUAUAAAUUGGUACACCGAAUUGCUAUUCCACCAUUUUCUUCCAUCGAAAAUACAUUGAAAGAAGAUAAUAUGGUCAAUGGCAGAGAUGUUUCCCAAACGAAGGUCAUUUAUGAAGGUUUUACAUGGGAUGCAGUUUCUUUGAAUUUAAAAAUUCAAAUCCCAGAAAUUCCAAUUUCAUUCAAACCAAAUAAUCUUACUUUCCCAGUGGUUAGAGAUUACAAACAUAUUGUUCCAUUACCAAUUGGUUAUUCAUAUCAUGAAAUUUCUCAAAUUCAAUUCGAUCAACCUUCUGGGUUCACAUUUAUUGAUACAUUGUGCUAUAAGAAAAUAAUGAAGAUAUUAAACCAACUCAAAAAACUCUCCCCAGUUAUGUUAAUCAUCAAAAUAUUGACUUUGUUCAUAAAUAUGGACGACACAAUGAAAAUCAUGUAA